CUCGUUUUUUACUUCCUUGUUUAUCAGGUAGACUUUUCAAGGUACCCUUUUCGCGUCGAACGAAUUGCAAAGAAUGCCUCUUUUUAAGCGCAUUUACCCACUAUUAUGUACAAGUCGAGCUUUAGUAGAAAACAGUCUUGUUUUUACGAGGCUCUGCUCGGUUAAAGUUCCUUGUCGUAACGGUUUGAGUCCUGCCCAUUCAUGGAAUUCACAUUUGACACGAUGCGUGCAUCAUGUCCGCCACCAAUCCGCUUGUCACUUUUACGCGAAAAGAUACUUUUCGCAAAUGGACAUUGGAGGCAGUCACUUGCCGACGACGCCUGGCCUUAUUCAGGAUGAAUCACGGGAGAUGGAGGGCGACGCUAAUGACAAGCGUCACCCUCGAGAAAGACCGGUCGAGACGUUCAACUUGGACGUGCUGGUGGCGCUGCUGCGCCAAGAAAACGCCGUCGACAUCUGCGUGAUCAAAGUGCCCGAUCACAUCAAAUACACGGAGCACUUCAUCGUGGUCAGCGGCGUAUCGCCGAGACACCUGAGGGCGAUGGCACUUUACGCCGUCAAAGUGUACAAAUUCAUGAAGAACGAAGAGAAUGCUCACGUUAAGAUUGAAGGAAAGACGGCAGACGACUGGACGUGUAUUGACUUUGGCAGUAUAGUUGUUCACUUCAUGCUUCCGGAGACGAGAGAAGCGUACGAACUGGAGAAACUGUGGACGUUGCGCUCCUACGACGAGCAGCUGCAAAGAAUCCCCGAUGAAAAGCUGCCGGAAGACUUCGUGUAUGAUUUAGAAAUCACGAAAUGAUCAAGCCGAUGCUUUGCAUCCCGGUUUGUGGACACGUUCUCGAUAAUUUUCCCCGUUUGCGAGCGUGCCCCUUUGGGCGUUUGCUGAGAAAUUGCCUGUCGAAUGGUUUUGACACUUUAAAAUAAAUACAUAUUUUUCGUA